GCAUGAAGAAAGUGCGGGGAAAGCCGCGGGGUGCAGGAGACGUUUUAAGGUUCGGAGAUCCAUGCCGUCGCUAGCCAUCGGGAGAGAUCCUGCCCGUGUGCGGGUAUACUCAUCCCCGAGACGAGAGCCAUUUAAGCCUGCCACUCAACGAUACAUACCAUCCAACGAAAACCCCAACCAGAUUACUACCAUCAAUCUUUACCUUCUAUAUUUCCGGUCAUCAUCUCCAUCACAUCAAAAAUGAACCCUCCUCAACCCGCACCCAGCAAAUUCUCCUACCUUGUGGGCAUAGGCGUGACCCACUCUAUCGCGCCGCCCAUGCACAACCACAUCUUUCGUUCCCUCGGCCACGCCGACUGGCACUUCCAGGCCCAAGAGUGCGCCACCGUGGAGGAAGCGAUGACGCUAUUCCGGGCGCCGACCUUCAGCGGCGGCGCCGUGGUCACCAUGCCCUACAAGCGGACGAUCAUGGCGCACCUGGACGGGCUGGACGAGCCUGCCGGGAAGCUCGGCGCGUGCAACAACGUCUACCGCACCGCGGACGGUGCCCUGCGCGGCACCAACACCGAUUGGCGUGGGGUGCUCGGGUGCCUGGUGGGCGCCAGCGCGUCGGGGAGGGGCAAGCCUGCGGCGAUCAUCGGGGCCGGCGGCGCCUCUCGCGCGGCGGUGUAUGCUCUGCACGCGGAGCUGGGCUGUUCCACGAUCUACAUCGUCAACCGGGACGAGGGCGAGGUGCAGGAGCUGGCCGACGAGUGUCAGAGGGUGUACGGUGGGGGACUGACGCUCGUGCACGUGAGGCAGGUAAAGCAGGUGGCUGCGCUGCCGGAGCGGCCGUUCUACGUGGUUGGCACGGUGCCGGACGCGGAGCCGACCACGUCCGAGGAAGUCGAGGUGCAUGCGAUUGUGAAGGCGUUCCUCGCUGCCCCCGGCCAAAGCAACGAGAAAGGCGUGCUGCUGGACAUGUGCUUCAAGCCGCGGCGGACACGGUUCCUGAAGGCGGCGGAACGGCACGGGUGGACGACGGUGGAGGGGACGGAGAUCAUCGGCCAUCAGAUCCAGGAGCAGUACCGGCUGUGGUGCGGGGAGGAGGCGAGCAGGAGUUUGCCGGUGGAGGAGGCGUGGGCGGUGUUGCGGCGGGCGGCGGAGGAGAGCCCGGCUAUCAAUUUUUAGAGACCGAUCGGUUGUGGAUAUAGCCGAUGGUGGCUGGGAUAGGC